AUGCCAUGGACGGGGCUGCAGGGCUUGUACGGUGCCGGCAUCGGCGCCGGCGUUAGCGGCCUGAUGACGAUGACGAUGAUGGGCGCCGGCGGGCUGUACCCCUGCACCGAGUACCUGAGGCAGCCGCAGUGCAGCCCGGUGGCGGCGCCCUUCUACGCCCUUGGUGAGCAGACGAUGUGGCAGCCGAACGCCAUCUGCCAGCCGCUCCGGCAGCAGUGCUGA